GGGGCCAGCGGUGUCAGUCAGGCCUGCCCCGUCCAAGACUCACCAGCACUCUCUACGUCGCUGGGGUCCCCCCACUCUGGACCCCCUGGGCCACCGAAUAUCUCCCCUGCCCUUCCCCAGGUCUGGGCCCAAGAGCAGCCCCUGGACUUCUGCAAUUUUAACGCUGUGGCCAGGCUUCCGUCCCCUGGGGGCCCCGCCUGCUCCCCACUGCCCUGGGCCUCAUCAGGGCAACUUCCUCCUGCAGGCUGGCUACCAUGGUGCCCUCGGAGCUGCUGCCUAGGGUCUGCGGGACUUCACCCAUCACCCUGCUUCUGGUCUGCUGUCUGCUGCCCCCAGAACUGGCCUGAUUUGUCCCCUCCUCUGGGAAGCUUUUCCUGACUCACUUCCUCCUCCAGGCUGGAUCAGGGUCUCCCCUAGCCUUCCUCUGGGCUUUCCCCAGUUCCUGACCAAUCAUCCAUCUUCCCCACUGGACUGAGUGCUGUGAAGACAGGGAGGUGGUGUUGAAAGGUGCCCAGGCACAGCAGUUCCCACUGAGGCUGGAGGUCCAGAACCCCGUGGUGCCUGCCGGAGGGUCCUUGUUGGUCAACUGCAGUACAGACUGUCCCAAUCCUAAACUCAUCACCCUAGAGACAUCCCUAUUCAAGGAGGUAGUGGGCAAUGGCCUGGGCUGGGCAGCCUUCCAGCUCAGCAAUGUGACUAGUGACAGCGAGGUUUUCUGCUCCGGCUUCUGCAAUAACAUCCAGAUGAAACGCUCCUCUAACAUCACAGUGUACCGGUUCCCGGAGCGAGUGGAGCUGUUACCCCUACCCCGCUGGCAGCCCGUGGGCGAAAACUUCACUCUGCGCUGCCAGGUGGCCGGCGGGACGCCCCGGGACAGGCUCUUCGUGGUGCUGCUCCGCGGGGAGGAGGAGCUGAGCCGGCAGCCGGCCCCUGGGGAGCCCGCCGAGGUCGAGGUCACGGUCCCGGUGCUGGCGGGCAGAGAUGACCACCUCGCCAAUUUCUCCUGUCGCACGGACCUGGACCUGAGGCCCCAAGGGCUGAGACUGUUCCAGAACGUCUCGGCCCCCAGGCAGCUCCGAACUUUUGCACUGCCCAUGACCACUCCACACCUCGUCGUCCCUCGGUUCUUGGAGGUGGGAACGACUUCGUCCGUGAACUGCACCCUGGACGGGCUGUUCCCGGCCUCCGAGGUCCAGGUCCAACUGGCGCUGGGGCACCAGACUCUGAAUUCUACAGUCGAAAGCCACGGAAACACGAUCACGGCCACGGCCACAGCGAGCGUGGGGCAGGAGGGCACCCAGGAGGUUGUCUGCAACAUGACAUUGGGGAGCGACAGCAGGGAGGCCCGGGAGAACUUGACCAUCUACAGCUUCCAGGGUCCCAUCCUAAACCUGAGUGAGCCCAGCGCCCCCGAGGGAACCGCAGUGAUUGUGACUUGCUUGGCCGGACCCCGAGUCCAGGUCACGCUGGAGGGACUUCCAGCUGCGGCCCCUGGACAGCCUGCCCAGUUUCAGCUAAACGCCACCGAGAGGGACGACAGGCGCAUUUUCUUCUGCAAUGCCAGCCUCGAGAUGGAUGGGAAUAUCUUACAAAGAAACAGCAGCGUCCAGUUGCGUGUCCUGUACGGUCCCAAGAUUGACCAAGCCAAAUGUCCUCAGCGCUUGACGUGGAAAGAUAAGACUAUCCAUGUCCUGCAGUGCCAGGCUCGGGGCAACCCGGACCCCCAGCUGCGCUGUUUCCAGGAAAGCUCCGGGGUCGAGGUGCCCAUCGGGAUCCCAUUCCUCGUCGGGUUAAACUAUAGUGGUACCUACUCCUGCAAGGCGGCCAGCUCACGAGGCACACACACACUGAUUGUGGUGAUGAACGUUCGGGCUCAGAACUCCCGCGCCGUCACCAUCGUCCUGGGGGUGUUAGUGGUCCUGGGCGUGGUGACUAUCGUCGCGGCCUUACUGUGUGUCUUCAGUGUGCAGAAGCGGAGUGACAUCUACCGUGUGAACCAGGGGAGCACUUGGUUGCCCCUGACAUCUAAGCAGCCCGAGGUAGUCACCUCGGGCGAGGAUCCAUCCUGAGCCUCCAGCUGGGGGAAUGCUGAACCAAGGACGAUGGGGGUUUGGCGGUAUCCCCGGGUUCCGCACCAAUAAAGCGCUCAAAAUCCGGAGUGUGUGGUUUGAUUCCACGUGUGCUUAGGAGCUCACCCACUGCGCCUCGCGUCCUUUGAGUGACAUCUCUGUGGC